AGAAAGGCAUAGAAUAAACAGUGAGGAAAUUAAAAGGCUGUUCAGUUUCUUGGCACGUCAAUAAUGACAACCAACAAAUAUAUUCCAUCAUGAUUGAUGUCAAAUGAGGCACAAGCCAAAGCAAAUCUUUAGGCAAUCUAGCUAAUCUGUCUGUUUAUUCAUUAUUAAUCAUUAUUUUUAUCUUUGUUCCGGUGUCACAACCAAGGGACACUGAAACUGAAUUCGCAAUGAUAUAUACUAGUACUAUACAGAUGUUGAUGAUGCUGACAGAUGCAACAAGAACAAUGUGUGCCUGCGUUGAAAGAGGGAACGCAGGGCAGGGUACGGUACAUACGGUGUGCGUGGUGUGCAUGCAUGGCGGUGGUGGGUUGCGUUGCGUAGCGUACGGGAGAGAGAGAUGGAGCACGAGAACGACGGCGCGGGUCGGGGCGUCAUCUGAGGGUCGCCGAAGACGUUACAGCUCGCCGCUUUGCUCCGUCGUCGUAUUUUUUUAUUAGCUGUUGUUAUCUGGCAGUAUUUUUCUCUUAUAAUAAAUCAGCGAACAAUACUUUCAACAGCUUCUCCAAGAAACCUGCUCCCCAUUCUACACGCCAUCUAUCAUCGUUGUCCUCUUCGUCGUCGCUCCAGACUGCAUCAAAUCCCUGGCACCUGUGUCUGUCUCUAGUUCAAGUUUAUGGCGAGCGUUCAUCAGGGUAAUUGCCUGCACCUGUCUGUUGUUCUCUGUCAAUCUGCAGGUCAGUUGGUGGGUGUCCGGGCUGUUCAUCCGUUGAAGCAGUCUCGGAUUUGUCUACUGUGAUAAUUCAACAGGAAGGCAGUGGUUUUCCGAUCGCAUGAAAUUGCUGUGUGUGGUGUGUUAAAAUACACACCCGGUCUUGCAUUAUUGCUUGCAAAGGACUUUAAAUUGGGUUGCAUCAGCGUCGUCGUCGUGGUUUGAUCCAUCCUAAUCCCUUCUAAUUUGUUGCCAGCACGUAAUAACCAGCCCUCUUCGAUCCAUCCAAAUCCCUCGCACACCCCAAAAAAAAUUCCAAAUCUCUUGCUGCCAGCCCCGGCGGCCCCAAGAAUUCGAUCUCCGGUUUUGUCGUCGUCACCCUCGUCCGAUCCCGACGACAAUUGCAUAAAGCAGCUGCCAAACUCAUUGCCGUUCGUCGAUCGCCGGUAAGAACCAUCAUCGUCAUCGUCCAGGGCGCGCGGGCGUGAGACACGCCGCAGCAGCAGCAGCGGCGGCGGCCGCAGGCGCGCUGUAGUGUCUGUCCAUCGACCCAACAACAGAUCGAUCGCGCGCGGCGGUGCUGGUGGCAUCGCCUUGCCUUGCACCGAGUGGCGGCAGAUCGCCGUUGGGCGCCAUGCACGGCAACGGCGGCCGCGGCGACCAGCACUCGCCGAGGUCGGUCAAGUCGGCUCCCCCCCGCGGCGGUGGCGGUGCGGGCGGGGGUGACCAUGACCAUCAUUACUCCCCGUCAGCCAAGACCCCGCGCGGCGGCGGCGGAGCAGGAGCAGCGGCGUCCCCGAUGAAACUGCUGCCGAGCAGCGCGGCGUGGCUGGUGGACAGCCGGUGGGCGCUGUCGGCCGCGCUGAGCCUGCUGCUGUUCCUGGCCGUCGCGCUCGCCGUGACGUCCUCCUCGUCGUCCUACAUCUCCUCGUCGUCGUCCUUCUUCUCCUUCCUGCCCGCCACCCGCGCCGCCGACUUCGUGGAGGGGGAGCGUGCCCGGCCGCAGGCAACAGCCGCGGCCAACGACACGGCUCCCCCGCCCGGCUCCGGCGUGCCCCGGCUGGCGUACCUCAUCUCCGGCUCCAAGGGCGACCUGGACCGUCUCUGGCGCGCGCUGCACGCGCUGUACCACCCGCGCAACCAGUACGUGGUGCACCUGGACCGCGAGGCCCCCGUGGCGGAGCGCCUGGAGCUGGCCGCCCGCGUCGCCAACUCCACCGUCUUCCGCCGCACCGGCAACGUCCACGUCGUCCGCCGCGCCAACAUGGUCACCUACCGUGGCCCCACCAUGGUGGCCAACACGCUGCACGCCUGCGCCAUCCUCCUCCGCCGCGGCGGCGCCUGGGACUGGUUCAUCAACCUCUCCGCCUCCGAUUACCCGCUCAUGACGCAGGACGACAUCCUGCACACAUUCUCGACGGUGCCCAGGAAUAUCAACUUCAUCGGGCACACGGGCAACUUAGGCUGGAAGAUGUGGCAGCGGGGUCAGCCUAUGAUCGUGGAUCCAGGGCUAUACGGCUCCAAGAAGCAGGACCUCUUCUGGGUGGCACCGAAGCGGGCACUGCCGACGGCAUUCAAGCUCUUCACAGGCUCCGCUUGGGUGGCACUGACGCGGGACUUGGUGGAGUACACGGUGUGGGGGUGGGACAACCUGCCGCGCACCCUGCUCAUGUACUACGCCAACUUCAUCUCCUCCCCGGAGGGCUACUUCCAGACGCUAGUCUGCAACGCACCGCGUUUCGUGCCCACCGUCGCCAACCACGACCUCCACCACAUCCAGUGGGACGUGCCGCCGAAACAGCACCCGCGCGCGCUCGCGCUCGCCGACAUGCCCGGCAUGCUUGCUAGCGGUGCGCCAUUCGCGAGGAAGUUCCCGCGUGAUGACCCUGUGCUCGACGCCAUCGAUGACGGGCUCCUCGCACGCCCACGCCUGACCAACAACAUUGGCAACGGCACCGCCGGCGAGGUAGCAUUCGUGCCUGGCGGUUGGUGUGGUGCCGAUGCCACGUGCCAGGCUGUGGACAAUGACUGGGUGCUCAGACCUGGGCCUGGAGCUGAGCGCUUCGGGAGGCUCAUUGAUAGGAUCGUUAGGUCCAAAACUUUCCUCAAUAGGCAAUGCAAGUAGUCGACAUACAUCAACAUUGUUGGAAUAUGUGAUAUGAGAUCAGGAUAUCCAGGUGAUCACGACACAUUGACUUUA